UUCUAUUCAGAUGUGCUUUUACUGCAUCUGGAAUGCCUUUGGAAUCAUUGUCAUGGUCAGAAAUGCCAAUUAGAGACUUUUUAGAUAUUAUUGUUUGGUGAAUCAAAAUUUUGCAGAUAUAUUUUUGCAAAAUUUGCAAAGAAAUAAUAUUACCAAAAAUCUCAAAUUGCAUUACUCCAUAAGCCCUGUUGGCUCAGAUUUUCAAUCCAUUUGUUUAAUUUGGCAUACAUUGGCCUUUUCUUUUGUUUUCUCUUCAUUAAGAAUGACUUCUUUACAGAUACUCAUCCAGUUCUGUUCAGGCUUGGUGAAGAGUAAACAGAUUAACUGAAUGGCCAGAUUCAUCUCUCAGUCCUGCAAAAAGUCUUUGUUGGAUUUCUUUAGAGCAAGACUUUCAGAUAUGAUCACCAGCUGUAGAUCUUUUUUUUAAGCCUGCCACCUAUUCUUUUGUCUUUCACUUAUCUUAACUUGGCUGAAGUAUAAGCUGGACACAGUGGUGGGAAAUAGCAAGUUUAUGAUUGGGAAUAACUUAGUCAGGGCAAAAAAUGUGACUAUUUACUCUCUGUGUGAUAACUGUUAUUGUUGGGAUGAUUUGCAAAUUCACCAGAAGAAACUGGAACAAAUUACAUAUUUUUUUCCAACAGGCUGCUAGUAAUAAAGUGUAUAAAGAUGCAAUUUAAAACUGUUUCUAUGCUAAGUUAUCUAUUAUGUUUAGAUGCAAAACUCAUGCAUCCCUUGAGUUAAGAUUGAAUCAUUUAUUAGUUAGUGAUUUAAUGGCUUAAAACAAUUAUUCUGAAUAUGGUCAAAUACAAAGACUAGACCAAUUUUUUUAUUUUAUUUUUUUAAAGCAGCUAAUUUCAAGGCCACUUUAAAAAUGACAAGAAAGUCUGCCUCCUUGGAAGCAAACUGUAAUGAAGCCACUUCACUUAAAAAACAAACAAACAAACAAUAAAACAGCAAAACUGCUGACAUGCUUAAUUAUUUAGUAAUUAUAUUGUUGCGGGUGAACCUGCCAAUCAAAUGGAUCAGCUCUAGCCAUGAGCAAAGAGCAUUUCCACCAUGGGUCUAAAAAAAUAUGAGGCAUGGACUGGAAUGCCCAUUAAACAAUAUGGACAACUUGAACUGACUCGUGUUUCAGUAGGUCUGUUUCAUGAUUUAAUGGGAACAUAAUGGUGAUGGCUGCAUACAUACUCAGUUCCCCUUCAAUGGUUAAUCCAUGUCAUUAAUGGUGUCUCAAUUAAAUAAAGGCGUUCUUUACGGAAGCAGCUGGAAAACCUCCCCCCCGGCAGCAAAACUAGUACGCAUGCUUAUUUUCGUCCAGAUGCCAUCACAUCACAGGCGCUCGCGCUCUGUUGCUUGAAAGUCAAUCUCCGUUAAACAAAGCGGCAUCACCCCGCUCUCUCUCUGCCGGGGCAGAUUGGCCGCCAUCCCUCCUCAUCAAGGCGGCCUCUGAUUGGACAGUCUCCUCUUCUCCGCUGACAGCCCCCCGCCAACCCACCUCCAUCUCCGUGAGCGCAGCGUGCAGCUCGAGACGCCGAGCAGAGGAGGUAUCACCGCUGUGUGAAGCGGACGGAUCUAAGAUUCCUGGACAACUUGUAAGGACGGGACGCGGACGACAACACGGGGAUGUUAUGAAGAGACGGGGCACAAAUUACAUUGGAUGAGAGCCAGCUGUGGCAGGGUUCUCGGGCUAGGCCAGAACUGCAUGAUGCCCAGCAUCUGGACUAAGGAUGAAAAUUGUGGCCCAGCUGACAGGAGCCACCCAACCAAGAGCAUUUGAGGAGACGCUUGCAGAUGUGAAUACUGCUCUAUGCAACAUCCCAACUGCCAGUUUCACUCACUGAAACCAAUGAGCUCAUAUAUGCUACUGCAACAGAGGAAAACCCCCAUGGGGAAGAAUGCUGGAGGCUAACUCAGGUGCAGAAAUACGUCAUAAGAAACAGGUCCUAAAUGGAAUAGAGGUACAACGAGAUGUCCAUAACUGAGGCUCAAGAAACUGCUAAGCAAAGACUCAGAGCUCUGGCUACUGGGCUAAAGAGAAAUAUCAGAGAGGCAGAAGCCAAGGCAAUAAAUGUGUUCUCUGAAUAAAAGCAGAAGGAGAUAGCUGAAACUUGGGAAAGCUGGAAAAACAUCUGGGAGAGUGAGAUGAAGAGCAUGAACCAGUCAACAUCACAAAGGCAGACAUCUGACCAGUCUCUGGAAUGAAGAGAUGAACAGCACCAUCACCCAACAUGACCUACAUCUACUUUGCUCCCUCCACUGUGAGACCUGAUCCUGUCCAUACGAGAAGCUAUUGGACUGGUUGUACUGAGAGAUAUUGAGUGUCUGCUGCUCUUCUCACUUACUCAUCAGAAUGAACUGUGAUUUCACUUCUAUGUGACUGUGUAAAAUGCAGAGAGACUGCAAAGUCUGCCGCAGUACGAUCUUUUCUACGUCUCUUUCUCUGUGAUGUUUGCGUUCUCCUAUUUUUGCUUCUCUACGAUUUCCAGAUGCCGUCAGAAAGAGUUGAAAGUCGUCCUGUGAGCUGCGAUGGAACACAGUAAGGGCAUGGACAUGAUGAGAAAUCUCUGCCAUUCUGCUUUUCAAUCACAAUAGCAGCACUAGACUACAGAGAAGUCUUGAAAUUAAUGUCAGCUGUGUUGCGGAGGCAGCCUCCCGCUGCGCUGCAAGCUCUAACAACCCAUGGAGGCGUGGCUUCAACAUUUCCAACCCUGUUGCCACUGGUAAUACCAACCAAGUGAACAGAGAUGCCUUCUAAGGUUUCCUGCUUAUACUUGCUGACAGUGGUAUGCUGGGCCAGCGCUUUGUGGUACCUGAGUGUUUCCCGCCCCUCUACUUCCUACGUGGGCCAGGUGAACAUCCCAAUACGCAAUACACUCAAGGUGAACAAGAACUCCACAUUCAGCAACAUCCGCACGCGCUCUGUCAACCCACACGACUUCGGCUACCUCAUCAACGAGGACAAGAAGUGUGAGUCGGAGCCCCCGUUCCUUGUCAUCCUCAUCAGCACCACUCACAAGGAAUUCGAUGCCCGUCAAGCCAUCAGAGAGACAUGGGGGGAUGAGAGCACGUUUCAGGAUGUGCGCGUGGUCACGCUCUUCCUGUUAGGCCGAAGCACUGAUGUUGUCCUCAACCAGAUGGUGGAGCAGGAGAGUCAGAUCUUUCAUGACAUUAUAGUGGAGGAUUUUAUUGACUCAUACCACAACCUGACGCUCAAGACUCUUAUGGGCAUGCGCUGGGUGGCCACCUUCUGCUCUAAAGCUCAAUAUGUCCUCAAGACAGACAGUGACAUCUUUGUCAACAUGGAGAACCUCAUCUUUAGCCUCCUGAAGCCUACCACAAAGCCCCGAAGGAGGUACUUCACUGGUUAUGUCAUCAACGGUGGGCCAAUCAGAGACAUGCGCAGCAAGUGGUACAUGCCCAGGGAUCUGUACCCAGAGAGCAAGUACCCCCCGUUCUGUUCUGGCACCGGCUACGUUUUUUCAGCAGACGUGGCUGAACUCAUCUACAAAACCUCCUUACACACCAGGCUGCUGCACUUGGAGGACGUGUACGUUGGUGUGUGCCUCCGGAGGUUAGGAAUUCACCCUUUCCAGAACAGUGGCUUCAACCACUGGAAGAUGGCCUACAGCCUCUGUCGCUACCGCAGGGUGGUCACCGUCCACCAGAUCUCCCCUGAGGAGAUGCACCGCAUCUGGAACGACAUGACCAGCAAGAAACACCUGAAAUGUUAGCAGGACUGUUGGCACCAGUACAGAGUCAGCGUGGCGUUGAAUCUCCUCUUACCACUUGUUUCUCUGUUGCUGGUUGUAUUGGCUAAUACUGAAUAUCAACAAUGAAGCUGUCAGUUCUUUAACCAUGAAGCUCUACAGUGCGAGGCCAAAGCAAACCCCUCUGUAUUAUCCUGCCUGCUGUCACUCCAAGUUGUUUGAGUGCUCAUACAUUAGGCACAAACUUGGGAAAAUGCUUUCCAGAAAUGUGUGAAACAAUCAGGUGGUUGGCUGUGAUUGCCAGAGUGAUUUUAUAAGACAUUGCAAAUCAGGAAGCUGAGGGGUUUGUGUUAAACUCCUCAUUUACAUGAGACUCAAACUGUCCCAAAAUUGCCAACUGCAGAUGGAAUAAAUGCUGACAUGCUUGUCUGGACCCGGACGCUCUCUUCUUGGGUUCAUCACAGGCUCUAAUUAUGAAUGUUCCUCUUGUAUUUUCAGCUGUUGUGCACUUCUGAAUAAGGUGUUAACGUUUGGAUGUACUGUUUGGCACUGCAGCAGCCACGUCAUUGUGAGGACCUCGAUGAGUUUACAGUGUGAUGACUCAUUUAGAUCAUAUUGCUCUCCCUCUAGCAAAGCAGAUUAGGGGAAUUAAUGAUCAGAGUGUGUAGUGCUCUUUACAGAAUUAGACAUAUUUUCUUACAAGAGACCAACAGAUCUUAUCGUACAAUGAGGAAAGAUAAAGCAACUAUACAGAGAGAAGAUAUGGGCUGCUUGCAUUCCCAAGUGAAUGUAACUUCUGUUGAUGUGUAAUGUGCAGUUAUUUGUCUCUGGCAGUACUGGCAGGAGGCUGCAGAUCAUUCUAUUUUCUAUUACUUGAACAUGAAGGAGAACAGAUGUACUAUAGGAGCAGCAGAAGUGUAUAUUGAGAACAAAUAUUGCAUUUUUGAUUGCUUUCUUCUUUUCCAUUACUUGAGAUUAAAUAAAGGCUUUUAUAAGACUCCAUGUUGCAUUUAUUAAGGCAAAUAAUAUGAAAGUUUAUAUUCUUCAGAUUUAUACACAUAACCUGGUAGUUAAUAUGCCUGUGAACUUGUAAGGGAUCUUCUUUGGUCUCUGAAGGAAAACACUGUGGAAGCUGCAGAAGUGAAAGCCUUUCAUUAGUUGUGCAGCAGCUGUGCUCCAGUCGAAGCAGAUCCCAGCUCCCAACGCUUCACUGAUGGGCGCAAGCUGAAAUCUCGGCAUGGUUCUGGAAACGACCUGCUGUUCUUUUCCAUGCAGGUGAGUAGGCAGGCAGACCCUUGCAACUUGUAAUUAAAUAAGAUGUGUAAUUAGCAACUGACUGUUUUUUUUUGUUUUUGUUUUGUUUUUUUAUCUGAAUCAGAGGAAUUACUGCGGUAGAUUUAUGUGUCCAAAUGAACUGAUCCGAAAACACUUUCUUAGUUUUCACUGUCUCUCGUUUAUUCACACUGGGGAACUUAAAUGUUUUUAUCUUGGGGUGUGUGAUCAAGUAAGCAGGUGGAACCACGCACUGCAAAUUCAGUUUAAUUGUAAAUUCUGUUUUGUUAAAGACAGUGAAAGAAAAAAAAAUUCAGGUGAAUAGACAAAUGUUUAUUAGUUUUCCUGGCAUGUUUUACUUUGACUUUUUGCACACUCACAUUAUAAAGGCUUAAAGUGCAAACUCACUGACUAAAUGUGAAGGAAAGUUUAUGCAACUCCCUCCCUCUGAAUGAAUCUUGGCUGUUAGAUAACAUGGGGGGAGGUGACCUCCUUCCUCUGAAGAAAUUUACAAAUACACACAAACAGUAGCUUUGACUCCAAAGAUAUUGAAAAUUUACGCAUAUGAAAAACAAUCUUUCAAUUAUGAGGCUGUGGGCUGUCAAAGAGACCAGAAAGGAUGAGGUUCAGGGGAAAAGAAAAUGUAGCAUGAGGUGAACCAGCAGAAUCCUGGGCAAAUGUCUCAGUAAAGUGGGAAAUUGGGGUUCAGCAAGGGUUGAAAAUUAAAAGUUGCUUUAAAAUUGGUAACUGUCAGCAAGUGGUCACAGAUCAGAUCCCUGCUUUUGAAGCAACCAUUUAAAAGGCAACAAGGCAGAGAACAGUAAUUUUGGUUGUGCCAUGGUCUCAAACCAAUAUUCCCUAUUUUGACUGUAGCAUAAAUUACAUACUGUCCUUCAGAUCAGUGUUUCCCAACCUUUUGGAGCCACGGCACAUAUUUCACAUUAGAAAAAUCACACAGCACACCACCAAACAAAAAUGUCACAAAAAGCAUAUUGAUCAUUUUUCCCCACGCACCAGGCGCAGCGGAAUUGGCUCCAUUUGUCCCCAGUAUACCUUUUUUGCUUUCUUCUGACCACUACUCAUGCUAGGGACUUCAUCUGGGUUAGAGUUUUUUCCAGGACCCGGGUCAGAUUGACAAUUUUUUCAUUUCAAAUAUUUAUUUAUUGCUAUUAAGCGCUGCGUUGUCUCACUAUUAUAUCAUUUCUUCUUAGUCUUCUUCUGUUUUUCUGGCAGUUGGCACCUUUUUAUUUACAGCAGGUAGUUGUAGUGCCCUCUUGUGCAAGAGAAUGUAAUUGUUCUCUCCGUCACUCACGCCAGUCGCUUACAGCACUAAUCAGGUGGAACCAGAUAAUCUUCCAUGGCUCACCUGAUCAUUUUUCACGGCACACACGCCGCAGCACAAUGGUUGGGAAACACUGGUUUAGACAAUAUGUAAUUUAUGCGACAAUAAAUACUGUAAAGUAAUAAUACUAUAAAGUUACAUCUUACAUAAUCACAUAUGUCAAAAUCAGUUUUUAACUGAUGCUAAAACAUUAAAGAAACGAUAUUAAAAAUCAGUGCAGGAGGGCGAGCUGCUAUCAGUCGUAUCGCAACGUCUGACGUAAAUCAACAUAUCUUUACAUUGUUUGGAGAGAGUGAGUGAGACAUGAUCCUGAUACACUUUGCUUAAUAGGUACUAUGUGGGAAACGCUACAGACAAGUCACCAAGUGAUUCUGACUCCAGAGUUCAACUAUUAGCAAACCAAAGCUACCAAUUAUGUUUGAUGACUUUAUGCCAAUGCUAUAAGAUUAAAACAGUAGGUUUAUAGUACAUGUUAUGUUUUAUUAAUUUCACCUAUCAAUGAGGAUUGCAUCCACCAAUAAAAAAUGUUUUCAAGAGUUUUGUUUUAAAUGUAUAUUUAUUUGAAUUUGAGCUUUUAUGUUUCACAAAACAUAUAAAAUCACAAAUUAGCUUUAAAAAUAGUCGUUUCCAGAUAUUUUGAAGGAAAGCACAGGUCAGAAGUUUGGAGAUCAGUCUAACCUUGACACAAAAACAAUCCUGGAGAGCGAGUUUACACAAUUUUGUGUCCUUUUUUUUCUGUGCAGUGCAACAGUUGCUAGCAGGAUACUGCUUAGCAAAGGCAGUUGAAAACAAACAGUCAGCAUUUCCCUCCUGCUACACCAAAAACCUUUCUCUGUAUUUUUGCAAAAGUUUUUAACUCAAUGGCAAAACACGACAGAAGGCAUCGUCAAUCCUUUGACUUCUCCGUCUCUCUCCCUCACUUAUUUGAUUUCAUUCUCAUUAUGAAAGACAUGAUAUGGGCAGUGUUACCAGCUCUCAGGCUUCUGGCCUAUGACACAUGACUCACACCCAAAAUAAAUCUCACACCAGAUAAUGGGAAGAAUCAAAGGCACUGCUUUAUUUCAAUUUCUUUCUUAGUCUUACCAUCAGCUUUGGUGUAUCUGCUGGUACGCAAACACUAGAGAACUGAAAACAGUGUUUGAUUUGCCUGAGGCGCACAACCUCUCAGUGAGAGACGAUUAAUGAGUUUCUCUGCUGAGCCUUGUCCCCAUUUGACCAAACAUUAACAGGGACUGAACCUAUUUUUGUUGUUUCCAGCUGUUUGAGUUUAUUAAAUCCCUGAAGCUUGUUAGGAUCCAUAGAGUAUGUCUCCAAAGCAAGAAAAUUGCAAACAUCUUUACAUAUAUUUACACUUUCACCUCAAGACUUUGUAAAGUAAAAAAAAAAAACCUGACUCCACACGAAAGCUGGCAACCCUGAUAUAAGGUAGAAAUUAGAAGGACUUGGGAACCUUUCAUUACACCUAGAGUAACAUGAAGAUUCAUGCCUAUAGUGAUUGCUAUAAGUGCAUCAUUUUGCCUAGAGUUGAAACAUGUUGAAUUCUAAAAAAAUGAGCUAUGUCUAUGGUCUCAACACCUUUAAUCAAAAGCAAGAUGAAAAUGUCCAAAAAUAUACAUUUGGGGUAGCCGAAGGGACAUAUUCAUUCUGAACUAUGUGAAAUCCAUGUUAGCUUUUGAUUUAGGCCACAAAAUGCUGAAACUUCAACCCAGUGGGCCAUGGCUCCUCUCUGGGAUUAGCAGGUUAUUGUAACAGUCACAGUGAUUGUGGUAUCUGGUGGAUGUAAUUGCACUUGUGUUUUGUGACGUGUGGACAUACUUAUUUGACUGUUUAAAGCGUUAAUGUUAAGAGACACUGGAGACCUUCAUAAGUUACAUGCAGCCUAUUGUCCUCCAACAUGGAAUUAUUAGGUUACAAGGUAAUUAUUUCAUAUUAUAGAGAAGUAAAGCCUUAAUUAUACUGCUUGCAUGGGUGAAAAGCUAUGCUUUGUGCAUGUCUAAAGCUGACAUUUCUCUUAUUUGUCUGGGCAGCCUGCACACUCAGAUCAAUUCGAAUCUCACUAACAACAUCAAGGCCAUGGUACUCUUUGAUUCUGGAUUCAGUCUUCACAUCAGUAAACUCUCCUCUUUUCACCAUCUAAAAAUACCAAGAUUUAACCAGAUUUGUGUUGCUUCUCAAUUCUCUGUCUCAUCACGACUGGAUUACAACACAGGACUUUUAUUAGUCAGAAAUUACUCAGGGGGCUUCAGCUAAUUGUUGGAGCAGGGAAUCACAUUACAGCACCAGUACACUGCUUACAAAUUUGUUUUAGGACUGAUUUUAUGGAUUACAUUUAAGGCUUUUUGUGGCCAGACUCCAAACUAUAUUUCAGAGGUGCUCUGCCCUGUCAGCCAGUCACAGCCUGACAGACGGGAACUGCUGUCUGUUCAUGGGCCCUUACAGUUAUUAUAUUUGACAUUACUAUUAUUAAUUUUUUUACCGUAUGUUUUUGUUUGUUUGCUUUUCCCAUUUGCAAAACCCUAAUUUAAAAAUGAACAUCAUUAAGGUAUUAUUAAUAACCCAUAGAGAGAGGCUCCUUUUUUAGCUCCUAUUCCAAGAUUGGUUCUGGCACAAGACGAAGCCAGUGAAAACUGAGUACAAAUGUGAGGAAUGCAGCAACAGCAAUACAAGACAGUAAAGGACCAUGCUGAUUGCAUGUGCUUCACACGAUACAGUUUUUCAAUUCAGUUCAAUUCAAUUUUAUUUAUAUAGUGCCAAAUCACAAC